GGGGACCUCAGCGUCGAGGCCAAUCUCGCCAUUUUGUCGUUCUUGUUCUACUUUCUCUGGCCUUUCCUCAUCCUGUUCGGCGUGGUCAGUAACAUGAUCAACAUCGUGGUCUUCACAAAGAUGGGUCUCCAUGACAGUGUGUCCGUCUCGUUCUUCGCCCUGUCCGUGACGGAACUCCUCUACUUGCUGUUCUCCAGCGUCGUCGCGACCACCGCGGCCAUCGGCUUACAACCCUGGCAGAGCUCACUGCCCUUCGGCGUGUACUUCCUGGGCGGGUACAUCGUGUGGUACGAAGGAAUGUUUCUGGAAAUUUCGAUGGCUAUCAUCGCGUACAUCGGCCUGGCCAGGUGCUGCUGUGUGGCGAUAGCUCUGAAGUUCAAACACACGUUCACGGUGACGCGAACACUUGUAAUUCUAAGUGGGAUCAUCUCAUUCAGCGUGGGAAACAGGAUCCCCAUUUUGAGAACCACUGGCCUUGCUUGGGUCACAAACCCUUUGAACAACACCACGCGAUUGCUCGCCUGGUUCUCGGGCGAUUUUAACCGCGUGAAAGAAGUUUACGACUUGAUCAACAGAACCAUUUUCCCCACCACUUUGCUGAUUGUCGUUCUGGUUUGCUCCGUCAUCCUGACCUAUACUUUGAUCGUGGCCUCCAGCAAUCGCAGGGCCAUGACAGGGAAGGCUUUGAGCAAGAACGCAAAUGACAUUGGAAAUGGAACCCAAGGGUUGAACAUAAAUACAAAAGAUGCAAUGGAAGAUUUUCACAUCGGAAGCCACGCGCCACGCCACAAACAUUCAACCAAACGGCCGAAAUUAGCCAAAGCUCACACCCUGAGCAGUAAGGAGAUCCAGAUCGUCAAGCAAGUCACGGCUGUGGCCGGUUUCCUUCUUCUCGCCGUCCUCGUGCAGUCCAUGAACAGCCUCGCACAGGUCAUCGUCCCAGAGUUCAUGUCCGGGCGAAGCUACAAACGCAUCUACAACGUCACUGUGGGCUUCGGCUACUCGUGCUGUCACCUCAACGCAUGCGCUAACUUCCUCAUUUACAUCAAGUUCAACUCCAAGUUCAGGGGAACCUUCCAGCGCAUCUUCUUAUGUUGA